GUGCUACAGAAGUUGGGCAUGCGAACGAAGGAAAGAAUCGAGAGUGAGCAGAAGAACCAGUGCAUUGACGGUAUCAGCCGUCUCAUAUGCAGCACCAAGCAGCACACAACUCUAAAAUUGUACAUCGACGGAGUGGAGUGGAACAACGUAAAGUUCUUCCAGGUUUCGUCGCAGUGGCAGACGCACGUCAAGCACUUUCCGGUGGCUCUUUUUCGGUCCAAGGACGACUGA